AUGGGAGAUUUACCACCAGAAAGGAUUACUCCCACCCUACCAUUUGUGAAUACCGGCGUAGACCUCUGCGGACCAUUUCAGUACCGGAAAAUUCGCAAAACACAACCAGUUCAAUGCUAUAUUGCAAUUUUUGUAUGCCUUGUUACGAAGGCCGUUCACAUAGAACCUGUCUAUGAUUUGUCGACUGCAGCAUUUAUUGCGGCGUUACACAGAUUCAUUUCCAGAAGAGGCCAGCCGAAAAUCAUCGAAUGUGAGAACGGUCGAAAUUUCACGGGAACAUCGAGAGAGCUUGCUGACCUAGCGAGGCAAUUCCGUUCGCAAAAUCACCAAUCAGCUGUUAUCAAGAACUGCGCUGAAGAAGAGAUUACGUUCAAAUUCAUCCCGCCUCGCAGUCCACACUUCGGCGGCUUGUGGGAGGCGGCGGUGAAAUCAUUCAAGCGCCAUUUCAGCUCGACGGUUGGGAAUUCUAUUCUCACACAAGAUGAGUACGUCACCCUGCUAACACGCAUUGAAGCUUGUUUGAACUCCAGACCGCUCACUCCACUGAGCGCAGAUCCGAACGAUCUGGAAGUGUUAACGCCAGGACACUUCCUGGUACACCGUUCUCUUACGUUAAUUCCAGAACCCGAUCUCUCAGCAAUUCCCCGCAAUCGACUAGACCGCUGGCAGGAGAACCAAGAACUCCUGUGUCGGAUUUGGAAGCGGUGGACAACUGAUUAUUUAUCCGGUCUACACCCUCGCACAAGGUGGACCCAAGUUCGAGAUAAUAUCUCGAUAGGAACAAUGGUUCUUCUGAAAGAAGAAAAUCUUCCACCAUUGAAGUGGAAAUACGGGAGAAUCACGCAAAUAUUCCGAGGAGACGACAACCACGUGAGAGUGGUCUCCGUGAGAACAGCUGACGGCGAAUAUAGGCGAGCAAUUGCUAAAAUUUGCGUUCUAUCAAUCCAUCAAGCAACAACCACCCCCACUGGCGAUGCCAGUUCCAGCGUAGAUGUCAUCUAA